AUGGUGGACAUCAUCACUCACGACAGUUUUGAGGGGCUUGUGCUCAAGGAUGUGAUCCCGAAACGAAGUAAGCCCUGGUGGAGGGAUGGGACGCUCAUCAAACUCAACAGUCUAUUGUUGUGUGCGCUCCUCACCCAGACCGCCUCCGGCUUUGAUGGGAGCAUGCUCAACGGAAUGCAAUCCCUGCCCCAGUGGAAGCGCUUUUUCGGGGAGCCGAAGGGCACUCGACUGGGCGCCAUGACGUUUGGUCCAAACGGGGGGAUCUUGAUUUCAAUCCUGGUUUCAUCCCAACUCUGUGACCGAUAUGGCCGACGAUAUCCAAUCUGUGGCGGAUCACUCGUCGUCAUUCUGGGCUCGAUUCUGCAGACAGCAUCCGUCAAUUAUGCCAUGUUUGUCGCCUCGCGCUUCCUCGUCGGCCUUGGCCUGGGGAUUGUAUCGGUGGCUGCCCCUCCUCUGCUCACCGAGGUGGCCUAUCCCACGCAUCGGGGCAAGCUGGUGUCGUUCUACCUCGUCUCGUGGCCCCUUGGAUCGCUGAUGGCCGCGUGGAUCACGUACGGGACUUUUAAAAUGAGCGGCUCCUCCUGGAGCUGGAGAAUUCCGAGUCUCCUACAAUGUUUCUUCUCCAUCAUCCAGGCUAUUUUGAGUUUGUUUGCCCCUGAAUCGCCUCGGUGGCUUAUCUACCAGAGCCGCAACAAGGAGGCAUUGGACAUCUUGACCAAAUAUCAUGCCGAUGGCAACCCCAGUUCCGAGCUGGUGCGAUUUGAAAUGGCAGAGAUCACGGCCACGUUGGAAAUGGAAAAGCUGCAAAAGAAAUCCCGCUGGUUAGAAUGGUUUUCCUCCAAGGGUAAUCGACACCGAUUCUUCAUCGCUGUCUAUAUUCCGGCCAUGCUGCAGUGGUCGGGCAAUGCGCUCAUAUCGUACUAUCUGGCGGCCGUGCUCCGUUCGAUCGGCAUCACGAACUCCAAAACCCAGCUCAUUAUCAAUGCCUGUUUGUCCGUCUGGAGUUUUCUGACGGCGUGCGGUGCUGCCAUGCUGGUCGACAAGGCCGGUCGUCGACGGCUGUACCUCACUGGUAUGGGCGGGAUGGGGCUUUCGUACAUCAUCUGGACCGUCUGCUCUGCCAUCAACCAAGAAAAGAAUUUCGAAGACACCCGCUAUGCUGCCGCUGUCCUGGCCAUGAUCUUUAUUUACGGCGGGUUCUACCAUUUGUGCUCCCCAAUUUCCCCAACGUAUAUUAUGGAGGUGGUGCCGUAUUCUCUACGUUCGAAGGCAUCGAUGCUGUAUCAAUUAACGGGAAAUCUCGCCGGCGUUUACAACAGCUUUGCCAACCCUGUGGCUAUGGACGCAAUCUCUUGGCGCUAUUACAUUGUGUGGUGCGUCAUUAUUGCUAUCAACUUCACUCUGAUCUUCUUCUUCUUCCCUGAAACCAAGGGAAGAGCCUUGGAAGAAGUGGCCGAAAUCUUCGAUGGACCGAAUGCGCUAUCGGGGGUGAAUGCCAUGAGGGCGACUGGACUUGGCGCUUGUCCGGACAAGGCUCUGACAUUUGGAAAUGACCAGGAAGCCGGAAAAGGUACAAAAAUGGAAACAGUGGAGCAAGUAGAGAAGAUUUAA